AGGGAGGGCCGGCGAUGGCCUAUUGAGUACAAGUUGCCCACGAAACUGACAUCUACAUCGGUGUACCAUUUAUUUAUAUCUAUAUAAAAAUACCAAGAUUCUUUAAGUAUUUGUCGUAUAAGAGAUAUGAAUGAGGACCACUUCGUUCUCUCUCGAGGUCCUGGCCCUGCUGUUCCUGACGCUGAUCCCUUGGCCGGGGCCGUCGGUCUUCAAGAUCACCUGCUCACGUGACAACUCCAAAAUUGUGCGGAAGGUCAUCCAAAACAAAUGGCUCCCCGUUUUAGAAAGAUUUCAAGUAAAGCUGCCGCUAGAGUGCCCGUUCCACCCCGCGCGAGACAUAUUCGCGCCGCAGCACGACGCCAAGAUGCAGCACAGGCCCUCGCAGUGGACCUGCGCCUUCUGCGGCAAGUCCUUCUACGAGGAGCGCCACCUCGACAUACAUUUCGACCAGCGACACAAGAACCAGAUUAACAGGGCGGAGGACGCAGUAUGCCUAGCGGAGUACUGCGAUAUAAUGCGGUGCCAAGUUUUGGUAGCGCAUGGGCUGCUAAACGGCGGUGGCGGGCCUAGCACGGAUAUGGAAGUGUGGCAAGAUGCAGAGACGGCGCGUAAGGCGCUAGCGCCCGCUGCGCCGAGAUCCGUGGCUCGCGUGCCGGCGCGGCGACGCCGUUCACGUGCUGUCCAGUCGCAACCUGUGAGAGACUGCCCGUCGACUGAAGUUGAUCCUGAUAUUGUAGAGCCAGAAGAGAAACGCACCGAGGACAGCGAAGGCGACGCGAAUCAGACCUCUGAGCUGUGCGACGCAGACACGGUGGAGUCUUCUCUGCCACCCGACAGCAGGCAGCGGCGACUGGCCGACCUACAGGCGGAGCGUGCUGCCUGCGACCCCGCGCGUCUUCAGCUACUCAAAGUGCGCUGCGAGCGAGUGGUUCAUUCCUGCAUCGCCACUUUGUUGUUGCAUCUCACGCAACACCAGUUUACAGAACUUGAAGACGAGAUGCAGCGCGCCGUGUGCUGGUACCUGAGCUGCGACCGCUACUGGGAGGACACGGCGCCCACCGCGCGCGCCUUCCCCUGGCCGCUGCUGCUGGCGCUAGCCACCGGGCUCGCGUUGGCGCUGUGCAUGUGCUAUUACAUCAUCUGGAUCGUGUUCGAUUCUGAGGAAGGCAGCGUGGCUGGCAGCGCGUCGGUGUCGAUGACGACGCACUCGUCGCCCGCGCGCGCGGAGCGCCUGGCCGCCGAGGAGGCGCUGCUGGACGACCCCGACCACGACGACCACUAUAUCUACGUCACCUACCCGCCCGAGCUCAAGCGCCGCCUGCUCGAGAGCUGCUACAAUAGAACAACUCGCCUCUGAGACCCGACGUGUCCACCUUAUUUCGUCGUGCAUGCACCUUAUUUCUAUGAAGAAAGUAGAUUAUUAGUGUGUAGAUAUUUUUAGUAAUACUUAGGAAUUUCCCAAUAGAAUCACCCAUUCAUCCAAAAAAAGAAAAGAGUCCGGACUCUUUUGUAGUACCACUUUUUCGCAAUUUGAUGUUAAAUGUUAAAUUCGCAGAAAAGCACUAACUAGAUACAACGCUGCGUAUCCAACCAAUUUCACAAAGACAUCGUAGAUUGUACAAAACCUACCUAUUAUGUUAUCUGAUUAAACCUACGUUGUGACUACCUAUUUAAAUUAUGUUUUAAAUAAUUUGUAGGUAAUAGAAGUGUUUUAGAUUUUUAUUUUACAAAUAGCUUUUAGUUGUAGACUUGUGUUUGUUAUAAGUUAUUUAGUGUAUAUUAAGAGAAGUUACAGUUAAGUUAGCAAGAUUAGUUUUAUGGGUACCUACCUUAUAAAAUUAACGCCGUGAGCAGACGUGCCCAUAUUAGUAUCUAUUACAUUGUUAUUUAGGUUUCUAAUUCAAUUGUGGGACCUCAACAUUCGGAUUAUAAAAUAUUGUAAAUACCUUAUGUAACGCAUUGAUUAUGAAUAUUAAAUUGAAUCUCAAUAUAUUAUAUGAUAUCAGUGACAAAAACAAUGUACCUACCUACGUACCUUAUAUAAUUUACGCUAUCAUAGUUAACAUAUACAUACAUCAAAGUUUAGGUAAUGGGCGUUAAUUAUAUUUCGGUUUGAAUGAAAAAAAAAUUACUCCAUUUUUUGAACCCUAUUAGAAUAUGUAAUGAUUGUAAUGGGUAAUGUUUGAUAGCACACUAUCACAAAAAGACGGUUUUUCUAUGUAUAGUACUGUCAUGGACUUUAAUUGUUGAGCCAUUUAGUGACGACUUAUUUAGUGUGUAUUUGUUUAGUGCAAUGUAAAGACAUUGGACAUUUGAUACCGUUAGUAUUGACAACCAAAUUAGCUUGGACCUUAGAUGGGUCAACAAUUAAAGUCUGUGACCGUACCUAGAUAAUUUACUUGGCUAGGUAAUAUUUGUAAAAUGUAGUCAUGUAAAUGUAACCUUUAUGUUACAUUGAAUGCUUCUAAACAAGUUUAAUAACAAGUUAAUUGACAUUACGUAAUUAAAACCAGAUUAUCUAAUAAAUAAACAAAAGCACUCGAAAUGAUUGAGAUGAAUCUAAAUACCUAAAGAUUAUAGUCGUUGUGAAGAUACUUUGCUUUAGUGUGUAGUCAGUUAUGCAUACCGCAAACGAGAUAACGAAACGUGGGUUGCUAAAAACACAUGUUUAUGAAGUAUACAAUAAUUACAAUGAAUGAUCACGAAGCCAAUAUGGAGUAAUACUGUGCGUGUCUAUAUAUAUAGGUAUAUAUAUAGUGCGGUGUUCUAGUACCUUGCCUGCUAGUCGUAAGUUAACAGUAAUGUAUAAAAUAAAACCUGCUGCAAAUUGUAAAUAAGCUAUAUUUUUUCGAAUUAAUGUAAUUAGAGUAUUGAUUGCCAUACGAUUGAUAGAUCGAGCGACUAUGUAUUAGAAGUACACUGCAAAAAUAGGUGAACCCAUGUUGGGAACAGAAACAUAGUUUAUUUUGUUCGGGGAAAGAGGAGCAGUGCGAAUUCCUUACAAGUGUUUCUCUUACCUUAUCUAACCUUAACAAUAUUGCCAUAAUGUAGCAACAUACCUACAUACCUAAUCCCAAUAUACCUUCUUAAUCAAGUAACCAUUUGUAGAAUUGAUUAUCAACGCAAAAAAUAUGGUCAGUUAAGUGUUGUGUUGCUUCUGUUGCUGUUUGCAGGUACAGUCAACCAAUUUGAUUCCUAGGCAACUAUAUAACCUUGUCGCUUUUAUUGGUAGAUACAUACUUACAUCAUUCAAUAAAUACUGUCGUAGAAAACAAACAAAUUAAUUCAUAAUGACAUGAUUCUAUAGUGGCCUAGGAAUCAAAUUGGUUGACUGUACAUUUAAAAUAAUCUACUGACAACCAUUUUUUCUACAGCUACGAGUACAUGUUACAUUCAUUAUGACAUUGGGUAAGAGCGGCCUAAGACUGAGUGAGAUCGAAUUUUUCGUGGUUUGUAUUUUAUGACGUGUUGUCACCCUCCUGUGAAGUGUGUUAGUCCAAUUAAGGUGAAUUAAUUAGCUAAUUUACGCCGUCCUUCUGGUUCCACACUUGAUUGGAUACGCAUAUUGGCGAAAGUCACUGUGUAAAGGGCUUACGACGAGUUUGACACAUCAGUCUUCGUUUUGCUUAUAUCCUGCGGUAUCAUCAUAUUUUUCUACCAUAAUUCUAUUCCUAUUGCUAUUAAACACCACGCGUGCAUCACACGUAACUAUAGUCUGCAUCUUCUCA